GGAAAAGAGGAGAGAAUAUUAUCGUAAUUGGAAUAAAACGAAUAAAGAAAAGAAGACCAAAUAUGAUCAAACUUACCGAGAAAAUAAUAAAGAAAAAAUAAAGGAAAAGAGAGAGUCUGCAAAAUAUAAAGUAAGAAAAAUAAAAUCUAAUCACAAUUACUAUCAUAAGAACAAAGAAAGGAUUCUAGAAAAUAAACGACUUAGGCGUCUAAAAAUGAAAUAUGAAAAAGGAAUUCAACAAAAUGAUAGUCCAAAAUUAAUAAGCUUUUUAUCUGAUAAUGGAGAAGGAACUCCAGCGAGUAAGAUAAAGGAUAAUAAUUAUGAAAAUAAAGGAAAAGAAAUGAUUGUCUCCAAUGGGAACGUUCAGUUAGAUCAAGGGAACGUUCAGUUAGUUCAACAAAAUGAUAUGAUUCUAAAUAAAAACGAUGAAAAUCAAGUAAGAAUAUCUGAGGAUUUUACAUCCCAAUCGAAUAAAGAAAAUAGUAAAGAAAACAUUCAUACUUCUGUUAAUGAGGAAGGAAAUUCAAAUACGGAUAAUAAUAUAAAUGAAACGAUUACUCGCCCUUAUCCAAAAGAAAAUGUUAAUGAUGGACAGCUCCCACAAAUAGAUGAUUUGAAUGAUGUGGAUUAUCUUAAUUUUUUGUAUGAUCUAAAUUAUAUGGAUAAUCUUAAUUUUUUAUGA